AUGAGACAGUCAGUGGCAUUAUUGAAACACGUGCCUCUCAUAAAGUUUGUUGGCGGCCCACAUCCACAUUCUGCUCCCUCGAGCAAACCCCAACCACAUCCAUGUGCACCAAACGGGAGAUUGCCCCAGGCUGUUGCCUCAACAGCUUCAGCUCCACUCAAGCCUAUCGAGCUCAAGGAUGGUGAAGUGCUCUUGAGAAACGAGUUGUCAAAGAGAUUCAGGUAUAGGGCCCCUAGUGCCACUGAGGUUGAGCAGAUUGACUCUGGCGGAGCUGAGCUCGUGUACUAA